AUGGUGCCUCGCACUACCCCGUGCCUGCCGCCGGCCAGUAUCUGCCGCCACCUGGUGACUGCCGCUGCCCAGUGCCUGUCACUGCCGGGUGCCUGCUACCACCCGGUGAUUGGAGCUGCCCCGUGCCUGCCGCCGCCCAGUGCCUGCCGCUACCUGGCGCCUGCCGCCGCCCAGUGCCUGCCACCGCCCAGUGCCUGCCGCUGCCCUGUGCCUGCCACCACCCAGUGCCUGCCACCACCUGGUGCCUGCCGUUGCUGCCUGCCGCUGCCCGGUGCCUGCCGCUACCUGGUGCCUGCUGCUGCCCAGUGCCUGUCGCUGCCUGGUGCCUGCUACCACCCGGUGCCUAGCACUGCCCCAUGCCUGCCGCUGCCCAGUGCCAGUUGGUGCCUGAUGCCUGCUACCACCCGUUGCCUGGCGCUGCCCCGUGCCUGUCGCCAUCUGGUGCCUGCUGCCACCUGGUGCCUAUCACCGCCCAGUUCCUGCCACUGCCCAGUACCUGCCGCCGCCUGGGAAGCUGUUGCAAUCUGA